UGCCGCUAUAGUGACCCUAAUCCAGCAGCGGCACAGCGCGUGCAAACGGGGAUCGCAUAUAGAUUUAUCAUGGGACCGUAGUCUUUCUUUUUUCCUACAAGCAACAAAAUCAGGAUUUUAAACACACUGUCACCUCAGUCAAGAUGUGCUUAAAUCACCACGCCGCCAAAUAAAGCUAAAAGUCCUUCCCGUGCGGUGGCCUGGCCGUCAGGCUUGGGCCAGGGACCAGCGUGAGCGGCGGGAGAUGACGGAAGGGGCCAGACCCCCGCAGCUGGAGUGCCCCAUGUGGUGUGUACUGUGCCAGGGGGGGCAGGCCUGGCUGCAGCAGGUGCGCCGGUGGGCGGCUGAGGUCCUCUGGCUGCCAACAGGCUCCUUGGGCUUCAGGAUCCCCCAGCUCUUCGAUAUCCACCAGGUUCCGAGGGUGUACCAAGAGGAUGGUAUCAUGUCCGGGUACCGUCACCCACGCAGCUCGGUGCUGGACUGCAUCCUCAGCAGCUUCCAGAUGACCAACGAGACCGUCAACAUCUGGACCCAUUUCCUGGCCACCUGGUACUUCCUGUGGCGCUUCAGCAUGCUCUGCAGCUCUCUGGACUUCCUGUCGGAGAGCUACACGUGGCCCCUGCUGGUCUACAUGCUGCUCAUCUGCCUGUAUCCCUUCACCUCCAGCUGUGCCCACACCUUCAGCACCAUGUCGCCCGAGUCACGCCACAUCUGUUACUUCUUUGACUACGGCGCCAUCAGCCUCUACAGCCUGGGUUGUGCCAUUACUUAUGGAACUUAUGUGAUGCCCGAUUGCUGGGUGAACACCUGGCUGCAUGAGCACUUUGUAGCUUUGGCUGUUGGGAACACACUGGUGUGCACUGGCCUGUCCUGCUAUUCCAGGUUCCUUGAGAUGGAGUUUCCCCGCAAGAGUAAGAUCUUGAGGACGGCAGCUUUUGUUUACCCCUUUAUCUUCGACAAUAUCCCCCUCUUCCACAGACUCCUACUGUGCUGUGGAGAUAGCUUUAGCCACAACGAGGCCUCGUCCAGCCACUGUUACCACCUGAUCUUCGCCUUCCUCACCUGCUUCCUGUUCACCUCACACCUCCCCGAGAGACUGGCCCCAGGACGUUUCGAUUACAUCGGCCACAGUCACCAGCUCUUCCAUAUCUGUGCUGUGGUGGGCACACACUUCCAGAUGGAGGCGCUGUUGGCAGACAUGACAUCACGCAGUGCCUGGCUGAUGGUCAACACUGCUGUUCCGUCACUCCUGGGCACUAUAGGGGCCCUGGUCCUGGGCGUCCUGCUCAACCUUGGCAUCAUCGCCGCCUUCAGCGCUGCUCUGCUCCGGGUGCCGGGUCGCAGGCCUGCUAGUCACGCUAUCGGCGCUCAAGGCUGCCCUGAGCUCAAGGAAUAAUGAAGGUGCUCAUGUCACGCAUUAAUCACAUGCUCAGUGGCGUGUUUGACAUGCUCGCGUAAACACCUCAUUCAGCCUCUGACGGUGACCUUCAGAGACCCUCUGGAAUUUAAACUCCUCCGUUAGCCUCAAUGCCCUGUGCAGUUUGCUCUGGGUGAUUUUUAAACACUAGCAUGCUAAAACUUUUAUUUAGAUUUUAUUGCACACUAAGUUAAAGACCCAGUUAUAAUGGAAAUGGUCACCUCUGGAAUCCUGACAUGCAGGUAAUUUAGGAAGUAUUUUAAUUGUUUAAUACUUGUUAAGGCCAAAUUAUUUUCUGAGAUGUAUAUGAAGUCAGAGAUGGACGUGAAGUCACAAAGCACAAAAUAUCUGACAAAGCUAAAAUCACGGUAUGACCCAAUUGUUCGAAAAUCUGUUUAAUUAUACUUAGGAUAAUUAUAAUAUAUUUGUUGUACUCCUGUUACAUUUGUUUAUUUCUUAGGCCUAUACUAAUCAAACUAUGAAAGAAAGCUGUCAGUAAAAUGAUUUUCAAUAUAUAAAUCUUAGCCAUACACAGCUUUUCCCUCGGCACUAACCGUGCGCGAUAACAAUGUUUAACAUUCUGUGUAUUUAGUUCAGUGCCUAAUUGUGUGGUGGAGUCAACUUCUCAGUUAUUCCCUAAAGUUCACUAAUGCUGACUAAGGUUUCUUUUUAUAACUUAGUAAAUGUAUAUAUUUUUGAAAAGGUGCUUUCAUUUUUUGACAUUAUGUCAGUGGUGGAUCAAAAGUACAGUUUUAGUUCUCAUUCCAGAGCACUGGAAAAAGAACCACCAAAGAGUGCGGAUUAGUAUGUUUACGGACAAGUGCCAAUCUGUGAGUUAAAAAGGACCACAUCUUAAGGCUCUGCAAACUUUAAAGCUGGAGAUAUUUUGUUUCAUCCUAUGCGUGAGGAGCAUUUUUAGCAUUCUUAAUUUUUAGUAAACCAAUUUAUAAGAACAAAAUGAAAAUCCAUCCAUCCAUCUUCCAAGCAGGGCGUCCGGAGCCUAUCCCGGAAGCUAUGGGCACGAGGUAGGGAACAACCCAGGAUGGGGGGCCAGCCCAUCGCAGGGCACACUCACACACACACGCACACGCACACGCACACCUACGGGCAAUUUAGCAACUCCAAUUAGCCUCAGUAUGUUUUUGGACUGUGGGGGGGAACCGGAGUACCUGGAGGAAACCCCACGACGACAGGGGGAGAACAUGCAAACUCUGCACACACGUAAUGCAGGCAGAGACUCGAACCCGGGUCCCAGAGGUGUGAUGCAACAGUGCUAACCACUGCACCACCAUGCCGCCCCCCAAAAUGAUAAUAUUACACUAAAAUAAUGAAACAGCCACAUGAGUUAGUUGGCACCUUACAAGAGCAUGUAAUUCAAAAUAUAUAAGCAUAGAUCUAAGGUUUUCAGAAACACAUUUUGCACACUAAAAACAAAUAAAAGAUGCCGUGUUAAAUAGGUAACUAAACUUUCUAGAAUAGUCCUUAUGUCUGCAGCUAGAGUAUGCAAUUGUGUUUUCAUAAUGUAAUGAGAAAUAUUGUGUUAAGUGCAGUUAUGUCUCUCAGACACAUGAAAUUUGGCCGAUUUGCUUCCUGAGAUUUGGUUUGAAGUGCCUUCCUCAAACAUGUCUUGCCCAUUUUUUCCCCCUGAGUUUUAGUCAUGUGGAGUAGUGAGCUAUCAAAAGGAUUAAUGGAUCAGGAAGGUAGGGUAAGUGACAUCAUGGUCAGUGGGAGAGACGUGUAGUGCACUUGAGGAAAGUCCAGAGUUUUAUGUGGGACUUAAACGGAGGUCGUGCAGCAGGUUUUACAAAAUAAAGCAAAGCUUUACCGUACGAGAAACGCGAGAUAGUCGGUGAGAGUCGUGCUCCGGAAAGAAGGACGGCUGCGUUUGUUUCUUUAUUUAUUGUGGUCAGAAAAAAAGCUACAACGGCUACCACCGCCUUCUGUUUCCUUGAGCAGAGUUGACAUUAUUCGCUGCCGUUUUUAAGCCUUAAAUUCACUGACCGGUGGAUUAUCCAUAGUGUGUGAUUGAGGCAGAAACCAACACACGCUAACGCUUAACUGGUCCAAAUGACAGUUACCUCAACCCGAUUGUGUUUCGUGUUUCCAGUUGGUCGCUUCUCCUUACGUUGCCGAUAAAAGUAUGCAGAUCAGUUGUGUGUUUGCAUGUAAAACUGUGUGAAACCCGACCCCUUAUAGGAAAUUUCAUGGGGCUCCUACAGCCUCAUAACUAGCAAUCUAAAAAGAGCACGGCUACUUGGAGGUCCUAUGAAUCCCAAAAACACUGAGCAUGAUGGAAAUGCUCAUUAUUGCACAUUGUUAAGAAUUUAAUACUAGUAGCCUUGUGAUAUUUAUCUAAAAUCUGUGUGAAACCCCUCUUCAACAGUAUCUGUUGAUUUAUGUGACUAUUUCAAAGUCGGACAUGGCAUAUUGGUGAAAACAGUAGGAGAUAAACCUUCCGUUGCCUUUGAUGUGGCUGCUUUCACGUUACAUUGGCGAUAAUAAGCUACAGGAGUACAAUUCCACAUCCAGCCGACUGAGGUCAUCGGCAAACAGCGUGGACCUGCACAGUAAAUCCAGCGGUCUGUUUGAGCAAUACAGACUCUCAAAGGGCUGAUUUAAGCCUGUUGGUUUUGCUGUGUUCAGGAUCUAUUGUGUUUGAAAUUUACAUCUUCAGAAAUUUUGAAUGCAUCAAACCGAACAUUAGAGAUUUAUAACUUUAGAACUAUGUAGAAAUUGAUUUUUUUUAGUUAAUUGAGGUGCUUUCCACUGGAUUUUGAAGUGUUUUUUUAUUCCUGCUUAAAUUUUAGUUCUUUGUCCUUCAAAAGGGCACAAGAUAUUUUGAACAACUGUUCACUUUGAAUUAUUGAGUUAACUGUUUACUUGGAAAAAUAUAUUGUUUAACAUUUAUACAGUGUUUUUGGAAUAAAAAUGACUGACUACAUUGCU